AUGGGAAAAAGACUUGUUCGAGCUAGGGCUAGAUCUGAGAAACUUGUUGUCAAGGAUUUCAUAGAUUUAGGUUUUUUGCCUGAAAAUGAAAGUAAAGUCAGUAGUUUUUCAAAUGCCGACAUCGAUUUGCUUCGAUUAUCAAGCAAGUUUCCACAAGUUCCACAGUUUGACAAAAAAAAUUCUUCUCAAGAGGCUAUUGAAGGGAAGACUCGUUCAAUUGCUCUCCUCGGCUCUUCUUUCAAUAUGGAUGGCUUACUUUCUUCAGAUCCCGUCGUGAAAGUCGAGAAAUCCACCACUGUAGGUGCAAGAAAAAUGGAAAUCAAGGCAAAAAGUCCUGAUCCCAUGAAGAGGAAAUUUACUUUGGAGGCCACCACUUUAGUGUUGAAGCGUGCUGAAGAACUUAAAAAAGAACUUGAGGCCACCAAGAAAAAAUAUGAGUUAGAUAUGAAUCGGAACGACAAUGAGCUUGUAUCGAAGGAUCAACUGGACGACAUCGAUAACAAAGCUAAGACAUUCACAAUUGUCUCGGUUUUGGAAGCUAGGUUGAGAAUGGUGGAGGAUGUUGAGAAGAAUAGAGUUAAUUCCUGGGAUAAAACCAAGUGGGAGCAUGCUAUGAAGAAGUUUAAUGGUGAGGAACAGGUUGGUGAGAAGGUAGGAGAGGAGAAUAUUAAGGACUAG